CGUGGAAACGGGCGCUACUGCUUCCCCGAGCGGAGCCGACGCGCUUCAGCCAAACCCGGCGGAAGAAAAGCGCACACAACCAGAACAACCCCCGAUGGGUCAUCCUCACCGUCAUCUGGACCCUCAAACUGGAUUGUAGCUACGCGCAGGGGGCGCUUUAAAAACUGAGCUACUUUUGUUGUUUUUUUUUCUAAGCGACUUGCCAUUUGGAGAGUUUCUCUCCUCCUCCUCGUCUCUCUGACAACAAACCAAGAAAGAAUCGCGCAGCAAUGACAGCCGUGAUUCCUUCACCAAUAAGUUGCUGAGACUUCACCCUCCGUCGAUCUUGCAUCUGAUUGCCGACGCUUCUAGAAAUAUGCAAAGGAGAUACAGGAUGAAAUUGGUUUUAAUAGCAGCCUUACUUGGACUGGCCGGAGCUGUGGCCUCUCAGCUCAGCUGUCCGUCGGGCGAGAACACGACCAGCGGAGAAUGCUGCAGGCGGUGUCCACCCGGCGAGGGCGUCGUCACGCCCUGCGGCACCAAACAGACGGAGUGUGCUGCGUGUCUUGACAGUGAAACCUUCUCAGAAAGCUUCAGCCACACAGAGAAAUGUCAGCUUUGUACAAAAUGCACAGGCCUGCUCCGCAUGAACACGCCCUGCACCGACACCAACGACGCCAUUUGCACAUGCAACUAUGGCUACUACCAAAGCAAAAUCACGGAGCGGUGUGAAGCCUGCACCAAAUGUCCCGAAGGCCAGGGCAUGCUGUACAGCUGCGAGUCGGACCACGACACGGUGUGUGAGUCGUGCGACGAUGACACUUUCUCGGACCAGGAUAGUUUCAGGGACCCCUGCAUCCCCUGCACAACUUGUGAUGAGGGAGAUGAGGUGCUGCAGGAGUGCAGUCCUGUCAGCGACACUGUUUGCCAAUCAAACUACCCAACGCAGACAUCCACGCCUUAUACUAGUUUCCCAGGGAUGUUUGAGGAAUACAAUACCCUAGAAAACCUCCCACCAGAGGCACCUAGUCCCAACACCACCACCGCCACUACCAAUGGAGACUCCAAAGAAAGGCUCUACCAGGGCAUUAACGACAAACUCAUCCCCAUCUACUGCUCCAUCCUGGCAGCUGUCGUCGUGGGUCUUGUGGCCUUCAUCAUCUUUAAGAGGUGGAACAGCUGUAAGCAGAACAAGCAAGGAGCGAACAACUGCACGACCAACCCGAACCAGACUCCGUCUCCAGAGGGGGAGAAGCUCCACAGCGACAGCGGCAUUUCUGUGGACAGCCAAAGUCUGCAGGAGCAGCAGGGCCAGACUCAGUCACAAACAGUUGUGACCAUCGACGAAGAACCGUGUCUGCUCCUUCCUCUCCAUACCAGAGAGAAAGUGGAGAAGCUGCUUUUCCAGGACAACGAAGGGAAAAACUGCGACCACAUGCAGGACAGCGACUGGUGCAACCUGGCAGGCCUCCUCGGUUAUGAGGAAGAGCGAAUUGCGACCUUCCAGCAGGAGGAGCAUCCCGUCCGAGCGCUGCUGUCCGACUGGGCGAGGAAGGACUGUGCAAGCGUCGACGCGUUGUGCACAGCGCUCCGCAAGAUCAACCGUGACGACAUCGCGCAAAGUCUGGUACUCAGCCCUAGCGGCACAAAGCCCACUGCUACCUCUGUGGUGUAGCGUCUCUCCGUUCCUGUCCGAAACAACUUAACACCUGGACCUUAACAUUCAAAUAUUCCAAAUACAGCAUCUUAGAUUAUUCCACAUAAUUCCUGCUGCAGCUGCUUGACACUAUAUCUUUAUGAUGCAAGUCAGAGAGAUUAUCCUAGAAACCCAUUAAUCACGUUAUAAAUCAUUCUGAAUCUGAAAUAAAUUAGCAAAAAAAAAGCAAAGUUAGGUUUUCCAAAUUAUUUAAACUGGCAGACAAUGGAAAACUAAAGCAAUUUAAAAAUAGGAAAGACACAUUAUACUUUAAAUUAUGGGGACAACAGGUUUAAAAUCCUCUGACUGAACUCGCCGUGGAGCAGUUGUCUGCUAUGAACACAAACUUUUGUGGAUAACUUCCUCUUAGUUUUUUUCUGCUCCAUUCUUUUUUUAUCUUCGUAUUUUCUGUGGGCCUUCCACUUAUUACAUUGUGUCUUUCUUUUUACGUCUAUGUUACUAAAGAAGCUGAAGUGUUUUUCAGGCCCAACCUGUUCAGCGACAUUAUUUACACGCCCUGUCAGACUUUUUAAAUUUAACUUGACAAGUGGCUUGCGUCUGUAACUACUGUGGCUGUUUCUUCUACUGUAUGAAGAAGUAUCUGGAUCGUCAGCCUGAGGAGGUUCUAAUGAACUCAUUUCAAGUGAACCUGCUUCUUCGCUCCCUUAUUAUUAGUAGUAUUAGAUAAAAGCUCAAAGCAGCAGUGCAUGAGGAUGUUAUCUCCACGUCACUCCAUCUACUUCUGCUGACUCUUGUUUUAUUAAUUCUCCCUGAGGCGCUGUAAAAAGUGCAGCCUGUUGGUAUGUAGGCCUUGGCUUGCUUUUAACCGCUCAAACAUCAUUCCAGUAUCACAGUUUCUCAUCCUUACCCUGAAAUGGUAGAAACUCUGUAAAAAUCCUAUGUACUAUAUUUACAUGACAAACAAGUAGAUACAAAUGUAGAUGUAGUUGACAUACAUUCACACCUACAGUCUGUAGCCCUGCAUGCAUGUACUGUGCUCAACAAACACACAUUUGCAUUCAAAAUUAAUGAUGAUAAAAUGAGAAAGACAUUAUAUUCUGCCACUUAUAUGGCAUGGCGCACUCAACCGAGGGACCAUAUACUGUUUAUUGUUCUUAUUUGUGGCAAUUUGUUCAAUGAUCUCUAAGGUCUUUGGUUGCUUUUGUUGGUAACAGGCAGGAAAUAAUGCUGACUAAAUUAUUGCUCUAUUUUUUAUGAACACAUAGCUGACUCAAGACAUACAGCUGCAGUCUACAAUAUAUUUACAACUUCCUCUGGUUUGACAUUUUGCUCCACACCUAGCAUUUUCACGUGUCUGUUUUACAUUCAAAGUCUAUGUUGAGGCGCGUUGAGGGCGCGUCAAAUUCGCUCUACCCGUUUUUUUCUGUUCCAAUCGCACCGCACUAGAUGCAUGAAACGCGGCGCGACGGGACCUUCAAGCACCUUCACGCACCUCCACGCACCUCCACGUAGACUUUGAAUGUAAAACAGACCCACCUGAUGCGCAAAACACGUUUGGUGUGAACGCACCAUGACUUUAGCAUUUUCCUCUGUUUUGAUAUGAUCCGUUAAUAACUCAGUACACACUUAAGAGGUGCAGCAGCCAAGACAGUCUCUCUUUUAGCCCAUUUCAAACCAUCAGAAACAGUUCUCCCUCCGCCAAAUAAACCCCAAAAAUGUAGAAUCUAGAAUAGAAUUCUCAGGGACGUUAAGUCAAAUCUCAAACGCUCAGCAACUGAAUAAACACGCUCCGAUGUGACAAAAGAUGCCCUUAUUCUCGCAACUGACAAUCCUUAAAGCUGACUAGUUAGACACAGUAACUGGUCAGCAGAAAAGGAAGAAAAAAAAGGAGAGGGGAGUUUCACUUCUUCUUUGUUUGGAACAA